UAAAAGUAAAGUUCCCCUUUGAGACCUUGCAAUCAAUAGAGCAGAUGAUGUUUCUUUGGCUGACAGUUGAUGAGGGUGUCAUGUGACCAGCACAAUGACCAACCACUUUUACUUUCCCAAACUUAUGUCAGGUACCCCUCAAAGUUGGGUGAAUUGAGGAGCAUCUUUUAAAUUCAGAAAUUUAGGGUUAAGGUUAGAUUUGAUCCCACGACCCCUCAGUUUGAAAGCCUUGCACUUUUACACUCAACCACCAUUUGAAUAAGUAAAUGUUAUGAAAUUAGAAUUAUAAUGUGUUACGGGUCCUCCAUUAACUUUCUACUUUACAAGUUAUCUAAAAUGUUUACAAUUUUUUGUAUGUCGUGUACAGGCCCUCCACAGAAAAUAUUUCGACCCCCAGACAACUGGAUACAUGUGGAACCUUCUGCCUUCCUGACAUGAUAACAAAUUUCAAAUAUGUAUGCAAGAUGAAAAAAAAAGCGUGAAGAGGGCCCUUUUCAGUUGGCAUUCUAGACUAGAGCCCUGUUUGCCCUGUCGACCCUUCCUGCUCGGAGGCAGUCUGCCAUGGAUUUUACAGUUUGGAAUCGCAGGCUCUGGAAGGGUGUAUCAAACUGCCUAAGGGUCGCUGGCUCUUUAUUAUUCCUUUCCCAUGUUUGGCUAUAGCUGCAAGGCAGCAGAGGUUCGAAUUCAGUUCUCUUUCUGCUAGGUGGGUUGCAAUCCUAGGCUUAUGAGUCCCUCUUGCUAAAGCUUACUGGUUUAGGCACCAGUUACUCGCCUUCGCAUGUUAGUGAAAACAGUUCCGCACAGAAAAGAUCAAGAAAUACACAUAUUUCCAGUAUGUUUAGUGUUUCCAGUAUAUUAAUUAUUAUUUUAAUUGGUUCAAAUUUGAAUUUUAUCAAUAAAAAAAGAUAGAUCUCUGUAACUUGAAAUGAAGCUUUAAAUUACCUUUUACUCUUCAACUCACUACAGUUAGAAAUUAGUGUAAAAAAAAUGGAGUUGAUGAAUUAGCAAAAUGCAAUACAAGUUAGGCAGGGGGAGUUUACCAAACACCAGAAAACAUAGCAAGGAGUCUACGAGACAAAAAAGUUUGUGAAUCACUGAUCUAAACAAUGUGUCUGACAUUAAACAUUAAAUUUGGAUUGCUGUGCUAUAACAGAACCUGUAGAUAACCAUAUUGAAAAAAAAAAAAGAUCUAUAUCUAAAUUAUCAAUAUAUAAAAAAGAUCACAUCACAAAAGCUUUUGAGAAAAAUACAGAUUAUUAAUACAUAAGUCUAAAGGAAUUAUUUUGGCCUAUUCAUUUGCAGCUGUGCAUAUUUGAUGGUGGAUAUCUGGGUAAUAAAAGAUAAUCAGAUCUAGAUCUAGAUACAAACUAAGCCCUGGUAUUUUCUUUUUAUCUUUUUUUUUGUUUUGUAAGUGAUGAACAGCUAGAGUGUUCCCUAAUAGAAAUGAUAUAGCCUACAAUAUACGCUGGAUAAACUUUAUGUACUUCCUCAUGUGCGUUAGUGAUUGGGUCUUAUAUGUCAUUACUAGAUCUAUAAUAUACAAGUGAAAUAUAGAGAUUUUAUUUACCCCACUUGGCAGAUAUACAUUUGAUUCUUUAAAACAUGACAGAGACAAGUGAAUCUUCACCUCUCAUAAAGUCUGAUUCUGUGACUACCAAAACAAAUGGCGCAGAGCUUUAUUCCCUAGAUCUUGUAUGCCAGACAUAUCAAAAAGAGAUACUAGCUGUACAUCGAAAGUAGCCUGAAUACAAUUUAGAUUUUGAUAAUCUAAAUAGUCAAAGGAAGAUAAUUAUCAAUGAAUGUAACAUAUGCCAUACAAAACGAUACUGUUGAUUCACCAUUGGCUAUUGUACCACUGGGUGCUACUGCAGUCAAAAAUAAAACAGAAGAAAAAGAAAAGUUUGCUUUUCGACGCUUGACCAGAAGAAAUAAAUUGGUCAUAGUUCUAUUGUCCAUGGCUAAUUUCUUUACUGGAUGUGGCUACUCUUUGCUGGCUCCAUUUUUUCCACAAGAGGCAGAGUAUAAAGGUGUCUCCACAACAGUUACAGGAUUAAUUUUCAGCCUAUUCCAGCUAGUUAUCUUUAUCUCCUCUCCAAUUUAUGGAAACUUUCUGACAAGAAUUGGUCCAAAGUUUUUGUUUGUUUCUGGCAUAUUAGUUGGAGGAUCUUGUUCUAUUUUAUUUGGUAUCCUUGAUAGAAGUCCAUCAGGCUUGCCUUUCAUUAUCAUCUGUUUUGCUUGCCGAACUGUUGAAGCAUUAGGACUCUCUGCUCUAAUAACCUCAUCUUUAGCAAUCAUCUCAAAUGAAUUUCCUAAACAUGUAGCCACUGUCUUUGGUUUUUUAGAAACAACUUAUGGUAUAGGUCUAAUGGCUGGACCAGCUAUAGGUGGAUUUCUUUAUGAGGCUGGUGGCUACAGUUUACCUUUCUUUGUGAUUGGUGCUGCAAUUUUAGCUAAUGGCAUGUUGAUGUUUUGCAUUCUUCCAGCUCCACAUGAUGGUAAUUUUGAAAGAAAAGGCAGCAUACUGAAAUUAUUGAUGAGUCCUAUUGUAUGGUUUUCUUCAAUCGGCAUAUUAGCCAGUAGUAUAGCCAUUGUGUACCUUGAUCCAAUUUUUGCUAAUUAUUUGAAAGAGUUCAAUUUAUCCACAUCUACAAUAGGCUUGUUAUUUGUCAUAUCACCUGGCCUUUAUGGAUUAACAUCACCUCUAUGGGGCUAUAUUAGUGACAGAACAGGAUAUAAUCCUCCGAUGAUAAUUCUUGGCAACUUUAUGUGUGGAAUAGCAUUUCUUCUGAUAGGACCAGCUCCAUUUCUGUCUUUUUUACCUGUCAAGUUGUGGGUCAUUAUUAUUGGUCUUGUCAUCUCAGGAACUUUCUUUGGUGCCACUGUUGUGCCUUCUAUGAAAUGUUUACUGAUUGGUGCUUUGGAGGUUGGUUUUGAGGACAACUUGGACACAAAUGGAGUUGUUUCAGGGCUGUUUGUCUCAGUAUUCUCCAUAGGAAAAUUCUGCAGAAAAAGACAUUUUCACUUGUUCAUUCAUCCCAUUCAACCCCUGGACAGUUACAGAACAGGGCGUUACUUAAGGGUGACACUUAAGCUCCAUGACAAACAUUUGAAUUUAUUCUGCAAUUCUUUCAUAACACUGUGUUCAUUUAUAAGUCCAAUGAUGGCUGGAGUCCUGGUGGAUGAAAUAGGCUUUAGAAAUGGGGCAAUAUUUGUGAGUGGGAUAAAUUUUUGUGUAAUGAUUAUUUCAUCUAUCUUUUUUACUCUACGUUGGUAUAGACGUCCAUCCCUUGCUGAUGAUGUUUAUGUAAGAUAUGACAGUAUAGUUCCUCAGGCUAUGACAAAUGAACGGGUAGAAAUUUCUUUUUCUGCAGAGUUUUCUAAAACAAAAGAUAGCCAUCCGUAAUAUAAAAAAACAGCAAUUUGUUUCUGCGUGCCAAUGAUUUUGUUGAUGUUCAUUUCUUUUAUCUGCCUGGUCAUGUGGUAUGUUCUCUGCACUGUUUUCUCCAUGGUCCUGGAUUUGAACCCUAACCACCUACAUCCCCAUUUGGUAGGAGGUUUGGGAUAGAAUGUAAGAAUAAUUUCCAAAUGAACAUCCAAAUCAAGUUAACACAAAUUACAAAGUAUUCAACAUCUAUGCUCCGGUUUGAGUCAACAUUUUUCUCUCUCAGCAAUAUCUCAACAAAUUACAAAGUAUUUAACUUCUAUGCUCUGGUUUGUGUCAACAUUUUUCUCUCUCAGCAAUAUCUCCAUUUGUCUUUCAUGGUUACCUGACAUCAGUAGUGCUAAGGUCAGAGUUUAUUCACAUAACCUGCUCAAUUUUUUUGGAUUAGUUUUCUGUGUGCCAUUGAAAAGUACACUCCUAUCAUGCAUUGCAUACUUUAGCUGGGGAUUAGGAUUGAAUGAGAUUAGAUUGAAAUCAUGUGUUACAAUUGUACCUGUUUAGUUGAUGCAAACAAAGUUAUGAAAAUACACUGCAGGGUCCCUAAAGAUUGUUUCUUAUUCAUUUUGUUUGUACUAAACAUCAAGCCUACAUAAGUUUAAAUGCUUUGGAAUUUUCCUUUCUUGAUCUGUUGAAUGUUAUUCAAAAAUAAAACUGUGCAUCACAUGUAACAUAGCUGUAUGUAUAGACCUGAUAGCCUUAUGGUAAUUGAUCAUUGUUCAUAUCAUUUGCAUUUCCUUAUGGUAAUUGAUCAUUGUUCAUAUCAUUUGCAUUUCCUUAAGAGGACUGUCAUCUUUAUUCCUGCUCCACUACAUUCCUUGUUAACUUUGUUCCUAGUGUACAAAGACAGUAAAACUUACUUUUCAUGUAAAGAUAAAAUUGUAGAAGCAAUCAAUAUGAAUUAAGAAUUUUUAACAUGAUGUAAAACAAUGUAAAUUUAUUACAAAUAUUUAGAAGUAAUUUUCAAAAACUAUUCUGUACUGUCUAAUGAAGUUGCUUAUAUUAUUUAUAUAUUAAAUAUGUUUAUUGGUUAAAAAGAAAGGCAUAAAUUGUAAGCAGUUAUUUUAUUUAUACUUAAAAUAUACUAAGGGAUGCUAUUCAAAGCCAGGAAGACAAAGUAUUUGUGCCUUGCUGAAUGAAGAGUAAAUAAAGUUCUUGUAUUUUUUCAGAUUGCAUUUAAAUGCCUUGUAUAUAGAUCCUUUUAAUAUCUUGGACACAAACCUAUUCAAUGUCUUUUUUACAGAAAUCUAUUCAUUGGUGACCUUGACAUCAUCUGCCCUAUAGAUAGCAAGGUCAGAAAAAGAAACUUUACUUCACUUUACUUACUAUUUGGAGGCACGGUGGCUGAGCAGUAAAGCGCUUUGCUUCUGAACCGGGGACUGGUUUCGAAUCCUGGUGAAGACUGGGAUUUUUAAUUUCGGGAUCUUCGGGCGCCUCUGAGUCCACCCAGCUCUAAUGGGUACCUGACAUUAGUUAGGGAAAAGUAAAGGCGGUUGGUCGUUGUGCUGGCCACAUGACACCCUUGUUAACUGUAGGCCACAGAAACAGAUGACCUUUACAUCAUCUGCCCUAUAGACCACAACGUCUGAAAGGGGAACUUUUUUUUUUACUUACUAUUUAUUGACUUGGACAUCUAUCUAUUCAAUGUUAGGGAUAUAGAGCUAUUUAAGUCUUGAAAUAAUUUUGCAACUUACGAACUUUGUUAUUGCAGUAUAAAUCUAAAUAAAAUGUGAUUAAACUGUACUGUUUUUUUUUCUAAAUACUCAUCUAAAUGUACACUUACAAGUCUCAACUCUUUAGUAUUACAUCAUUUUAAAUUUUUCACUUAUUCAAAAUUGCUUCUUGAUUACUCAUUACCUAUUUAUAAAA